UGUCUCCUCACAUGGUCGCCAUUUUCUGGAAAAUAGCAGAAGUCGCAUUCUAGCCGUGGACAAGAGCGUUGUCUUCGUCUAGUUCCUGCCAUUGUUGGGUGCGAAAUAUCACUGGUGAAUGAGCCGUUGGUGUCGUCAAUGGGGCUUUUCGAGCAGGGAGACAAACGAAAGUACCAACUUUGGUAUGCGUAUUGGUGCCAUGGUCCCGUGAGCGUCUCAGCUGACUUCACUGCAUAUACAUGAGUUCCAACUUGUAGUCCGAAUCGUAGUUGUACUAUGCGUGUAGGGAAGGUCAGGCUCAGGCCUUACGCUUGACCUCUUUAAGAAGUGAGGGGAAAGUGAAGUCUUCCUCAAGCACACUUAUAUCAUCUGUUGGGUCCGGUGGAACAAAGAAGGAGGGUGCAAGGGGUGUUUCAGCAGCGGUCUGACGGCGCUCCACUCCACAUUCCUGGUUUGGUAGACGAAAGACCACCGCUUGGGUAAUUUGGAGCGUCGCCAAUGGACUACGCAUAUGCACGCAGCAGCCAUAGUUGACAAGUUAGGACAUGAUGUUGGAGAUCCCCACAGCCAAAGGCGGUAGCUGGAGAAAUGGCGCGAUCCCACAUUGUGGCGUUCGGGGGAUCUGGCUGCCUGGGCGGCUAAUAUGGGUGGGACCGAGUGCGAUAGAUCAAUCAUGUAUCAACUUCCACAGGGCCAGCGGAUAGCCUAGCCGGGAUAUGAUCUUCAGGACUUCAACACAAGGCUUGGGAGGGCUUGACGGGGUCGAGGGUUGUACAAGGCCGCGCCCAAGAGGGGGCGCCCAGACAAGCGGUCCGCUUGAUUCGACGUCUGUUGCAUCGUUAGCGAGGUAGCAGUCCUGUUCGCUUCCAACAGAUCCCCGGCCAAAGCAUACCCACCACAAUCAUAUUGACCAUACAGCAGAAAGCCGGGAGAUAGAUGGGUUGAGCGUUGGUUGGGAUUACAGAGGUCAAUGCAAGAGGGCACUGACUUGGCUGGGUCGGGUGUAUUGAUGGUGUCGCAAGGAUUGGCCGUUGAGGUAAAGGCGGUUUCUGGUCACACGACGUCAGUCGCAGUGAGGGUCCGUCAGUGGAGAAGGAGGAGGAAAGAAAACAAUGAUUGACCUGGCAUGGAUGGGGGCAGGGAUUCAAGUCCUGCCUUGUCAGGCUCCCUGCGAGGUUGGGCAUUCCGAGAAUAGUGCAGUAGCAUACAGAGGAGCAACUCCACCUGGACUGAAUUCCACGACGAACCAACGACGAACGGCCAACAGGCAAUCGCCUACUGACAGCUUAUACACAUCAAAUUGAUGGAAGACGUGGAUGAUGGGACUGGGAGGAGGGAGGAAGUGAGUAAGUAGGGACUAGGUAGGCACGCCUGACAACGAUUGCCUUCGUGCCUUCCCUCCAAGCUUCAUGUCGAUGGCCUUCACAAGCUUGGCCCUCUUGGCAUUUCUGCCAUCAACUGCAUCAGUCCUGGACCAUCAACUUGCAUUGCAAACACAUCACCUUACCGAAUCGCCAACUCCACAGCCUACAAAACAGUGUAGCUGUUCUUGUCCAUGUAGAGAGCUGACUGUACCAUUUUUGGGGCUAACAGUACUGACUCACUGGCUAGCAUUCGCCCCCAGACUUCCCCACUCUCUCAAACCGGCCAUCUCUCUUCCUCCAGCUUCUCCCCAGGAUGGCUACCAACCACAUCCUUGUCAAGCAAACGCCGACGACUCAACGGAUGCCCUCUCCAAAAUAUCUCAGCUUCCAGCCUUAGGGGGGCCUUACUAUGGCGAUAGUCGUCCUGGCAAGCUCAACACCCUCGCCUUGAUACCUCCCUGGGACAUAAGCAUGAACGACAUACUCUGACAUGAUCGACGAGAUGGAGGAGUCCAAGGGGGUCUAAGGAUCUCGGCCAGUGAUGCAGCAUGUCGAUCUCCAGUCAGAAACGAUGGUUCAAUGCCCCAUUUAUGCUCGAUCAACCUCCUCUUGAUACCGAACAUUCACCAUGAGCUUCCCCUAUGCACACUGCCUGUGACCAGAGUGAUUCAACCAAUCGCCUUUGGAAACAUGCAUCAAAAGAUUGCCAUCUACCAGACUAGGACGGUAUAGACGAGGCAGACCCCAUCACAUGCAACUUCGAAAACCCCGAAGUACAUGGCUAAUACUCAUCCUCUAGCCCCUUUCAAUCUAUGGCCUCCGCAAUGCAUCCAAUCUCGCGUACCCACUGCAGACGGAUACUCUUUGUUACCGCUCAUUCUCCACACCAAGAGCCUGUCCCAUAGGUCCUGGUCUUGGCCUUGUUGAACAUUUUGGAGGGACAACAGCAGCAUCGGGCGCAUCUGUAAGACCAGUCGCUUCCGUGAUGUGAUACACCAACCUUGGUACAGUACUUGUUUGCUGACGCUCGAUGACUUCAUGCCGUGUCACUCUGCUGCGGCAUGGUCCCUCAUGCUGAUGCACUACUUCAUCCCAGCCUCGACCAGUUGCCUCUUUUGCGGGCUCAGCGGGUCCUUGGAGCAUUUGGUCGUCUUGAAACAUAGACAACCAUUGUCAUCGAACAGGGUUAGUACGCUACUGGCAUGCAUAAUGCUGUCGAUCAGGGUAUCAUCGCAACAAUCCCUGUCUCGACUGUCAUUAGGUCAGACGGAACUUGAAUUGGUCUGGUCUCCCGUCUACCCACUCGUUAUUACAGCCUCCUACCCCCUUCUACAAAAUAGGUCUUUGGGCACCCAUCGAAUCCCUGGACUUGGAGGUCUUGCUUGUUGAUUCAUCCCCUCAACUCACGUCGAGUUCACGCGACCAUGGCGACUUCGAAGGAUGGCAUUCAAGAAGGCCAGGACGUUCCAGAAAUUAGACGGCCUUCUGUCCUUCUCGACGUGGCUAAGAUCAAAGACAACAUUGCACAAUUGAAUGAAAACGUCAGUGGAGAGAUCAAAAAUCCUUUGGUCGGCAUUCCUCGCGAUCAACUCUUGCAAGAUGUCGAAGACUUUGCCAAGGACCACAAACUCGAAGAGGCUCUUCCCCUUCUCCGCAAAGGCGCCUUAGUUGCUCAAUCUCCCCACAAUUUCGAACAUAUUCCAGAACUGGAAGAAGAUGAACGUGUCGCCCUGCGCGAAGAGAUCACCCACAGGUGGAAGCAUCCACGACCUCUUUACUUCACCAUCUUCUUGAAUUCGAUUGCUGCCGCCAUCCAAGGUUGGGAUCAAACUGGUUCCAAUGGUGCAAAUUUGACCUUCCCGGUCGAUUUUGGUAUUCCAGACCAUGGAGAUGUAUGCGAAGCUGCCGGAAAUUGCGAGCGCAAUUCCUGGAUCGUCGGCUUUGUCAAUGCCAGCCCAUAUAUAGCCAUUGCAUUUUUUACCGCUUGGAUCUCCGACCCUAUCAAUCACUUUGUCGGACGUCGCGGAACCAUCUUCAUUGCUGCCAUUUUCUCUCUACUCGCUCCCAUCGGUUCAGGCUUUACCCAGAAAUGGGGCCAAUUGGUCGCAACUCGUGUUCUUCUUGGUAUCGGUAUGGGCUUGAAAGAGGUCACGGUGCCUGUUUAUUCGGCUGAAAACGCCCCGACGAGUAUUCGUGGUGGUCUCGUCAUGUCCUGGCAAGUAUGGACCGCCUUUGGUAUCUUCCUGGGCACGUGUGCGAAUUUGGCCGUCAAGGACACUGGUAGAAUUUCCUGGAGAUUGCAGCUCGGUUCGGCGUUUAUUCCGGCCAUUCCUUUGGUACUCGGAAUUUACUUUUGUCCAGAGUCACCACGUUGGCUUCUAAAGAAGAAACGAUAUGUUAAGGCGUACAAGUCUCUUUUGCGACUUCGCAAUACACCACUUCAGGCCGCCAGAGAUCUCUAUCUCAUUCACGCUCAGCUCCUCCAGGAAGAGCUUCUAGUAGAGGAAACUGGCGUUGCUGCCAAAGGAAACUUCUUUACUCGUUUUAUUGAGCUGUUCACCAUCCCGCGUAUUCGAAGAGCCACACAAGCAUCGGGUAUAGUCAUGAUCGGACAACAGAUGUGUGGUAUUAAUAUCAUCGCCUUCUACUCCUCCACGGUCUUUGCAGAAGCAGGUGCUAGUAUUACUGGAGCACUCUUGGCUAGCUGGGGGUUUGGUCUCGUCAACUUUAUCUUUGCCUGGCCAGCAGUCUGGACGAUUGACACCUUUGGGCGACGUGCAUUACUCCUCUUCACUUUCCCCAAUAUGUUUUGGACCCUGUUGGCAGCAGGGUUCUGCUUUUGGAUUCCUGAGGGCAAUAACGCUCGACUCGGUUUGAUUGCAACCUUUAUAUAUCUCUUCGACGCCUUCUACUCUCCUGGUGAAGGGCCUGUUCCCUUUACAUAUUCGGCCGAAGUGUUCCCUCUCUCACAUCGUGAGAUGGGCAUGUCUUGGGCCGUGGCGACCAACAAUUUCUGGGCAUCAGUCCUCUCCCUGACAUGGCCUCGUAUGCUUCGAGCCAUGAAACCCCAGGGCGCAUUCGGAUUCUAUGCAGCACUCAACAUCCUGGCACUGAUUAUGAUUUUCUUGUGGCUUCCAGAAACACGGCAGCGAUCUCUCGAAGAAUUGGAUUACGUCUUUGCGGUCCCGACUCGCACGCAUAUGAGGUAUCAACUCUUUACGGUUCUCCCGUACUGGGUCAGGACUCAGAUUCUCCGACGAAAAGGUCUUACUCCGCCACAGCUCUACAAGUUCAGCGACGAGAGAGAGGACCAUACUCCUGACCCAAUGACAGAUGAAGUCGAGGCCAAGAACGAGGAAAAAGAAGUCUAAGAACAAGUUGAUGGGUCUUGAUAUAUUCAGACGAGACGACGCACUUGCUAACAAUAAGACUGGAGCCAGUCUUGAUCAGAACCGAGAAGCAGCGCGUAACUCUAUCCAUCAGACUGGGUAGAGGGCAAGUGAGGAUCUAGCUAAUUGGGUUGACUUGACAUUAAGGAUCCGUAAUGACUCGAAAGUGUCUUUAGUAUGGUGAACUUUGAUCCAUACCUGAAAUUGUCUUCAGUAUCUCAACCACACCAGACUACUCAAAGAGAGAAAGAUAUCCCCAGACGAGAGUGUGUUGGUUGGUUGAUCCGUUCGUUCCAACAUAGUCGCAUACGACAAGC